AUGACAUUCCCAAACCACUACUCUAUUGCAACCGGACUCUACCCGGCUUACCACGGUAUAAUCAUGAACAAAUUCACUGAUCCAGUAACCGAAGAAGUGUUCAACAAAGGCCUAGCCCCGAAAUGGUGGUUAGGCGAGCCGUUGUGGGUAACCGCAGCAAACCAAGGUCGUAAGGCUUUGACUUACUUUUGGCCAGGUUCUGAAGUUCCCAAAGGUUCUUGGACUUGCCCUAAAGGAUUGUGUCCACAUUUUAAUCUUUAUGUUUCUUUCAAAGAAAGAGUCAAUACUAUCUUGAGCUAUUUAGAUCUCCCUGAGGACGAAAUCCCUGAUUUGAUGAUGUUGUAUUUCAAUGAGCCGGACGGAGAGGGUCAUAACUACGGUCCUGAUGAUCCUCGGGUUACAGCUGCGGUCACGAGGGUCGAUAAAGCGAUCGGGAGGGUUAUUUAG